ACUACACAAAACAAGAACACCACCGACGCAAUUUCCUUUUUCCGCCACCCGCUCACCAUGGCACCGCUGAAACAAAAGAAACAGACCGUCGUCAGGAAAUCAAAGAAGGGGGCUUCAUGGAAGUUUACCCUGGACCUGACUCACCCGGUGGAGGACGGUAUUUUGGACUCGGCCAACUUUGAAACCUUCCUCAAAGAAAGGGUGAAGGUCAAUGGCAAAACCGGAAACCUGGGUAAUGUAGUUCAGAUUGGCCGAAUGAAGAACAAGAUCAAUGUGACAUCCAAGAAGCAGUUCUCGAAAAGAUAUCUGAAGUAUCUAACCAAGAAGUACCUGAAGAAGAACAACCUUCGUGAUUGGCUGAGAGUGGUAGCGUCUGAUAAGGAGACUUAUGAGCUGCGCUACUUCCAGAUCAGCCAGGAAGACGAAGAGUCUGAUGCAGACGAAUAGAACUCCACCCACAGUCGAGCCCUCUCACAUAAGGACUCCUCCCAUUGGUACUCUGCACACAGCAGUGUCCCGAGUUGGCGAGUUGGGUGCAGAAUGACUGUGGCUCUAGACGUCCAUGUCUGGUGUCUCUAAACUGAAACAGGUUUGCAUCGAGAGAUGGAGUGAAUAAAUGAAAAUAAUUCAA